AGCAGCAGGUUUCGUGACAACAAGAGACAUUUUUUCUCUCUUGUCGUUUGUGGUACACGAAAUUUAGCAAUUUAAUAAUAUAGAAAAUUCCAAGAACAAAGUCGUACUUUUCUCUCCAGCCGCCACAACACUUUCCAUUUUCACGUUUUGUGCCAUUUCGUGUGCGUGUAGGAGAACGCGCGUACCCUUUUGUUGCGUUGCUCUUCCAUUCAUCUACCUCCUGCGUGUCCUGCGUGCUGCACCGUUUUUUUUUGCGUGAAUUGUGCAUAAAAAAAAUUAUUGUACCCUGUCUCGACGCUGUGUGUACGUGUAGCGAAAAGUUGUAAACUUUUUUUUUUUGGUUGAACACAAAACCGAUCUUCCCUUGCUGGUCACCCGUGUUGCUGUGCACAUCUCAAUCAUCAUGAAGCAGAUUCCGCUGACCUGUUCCGGCCAUACGCGACCCGUCGUACAUUUGGAUUUCAGUGGUCAAACCGAAUGUGGAUACUUUCUUAUUUCGGCCUGUAAAGAUGGCAAACCGAUGCUACGGAUGGGCGAUACGGGCGAUUGGGUCGGAACGUUCGAGGGCCACAAGGGUGCGGUGUGGGGUGUGGCAUUGAAUGAAUCGGCUACGCUGGCCGCAUCCGGGGCGGCCGAUUUUACCGGCAAGAUAUGGAAUGCCGUCACCGGCGAGGAGGUGCACAGCCUGCAGCAUAAUCACAUCGUCAAAACGGUCGCGUUCAGCCACGACAGCCAGUGCCUGGUCACGGGCAGCAACGAGAAGCUGGUGCGUGUGUUCGACCUGAACUCGGACGGCAAAGCGCUGGAAUCGUACGCCGGCCAUGCCGGUGCGGUCAAGCGUGCGCUCUUCUGCCGGAACGAAAAGUGUGUGAUUAGCUGUGCGGAUGAUAAGUCGAUGCGGCUGUGGGACCGCAGCACCGGCCAGGAAGUGUCGCGGGUCGAGUUUAGCUCCCAUCCGAACGGGCUCGAGCUGUCGAAGGACGGUAACAUACUGACGGUGACGUACGGGAACUGUACUGCGUUUUACGAUAUGGAAACGUUGACACAGCUGAAGGAGAUCACCAUACCGACGCGUGUCAGCUCUGCCAGCUUGCAUCCGGACAAGCACAUCUUCGUGUGCGGUGGCGAAGACUUCAAAAUGUACAAGUACGAUUACAUUACGGGCAACGAGAUAGAAUCAUUCAAGGGUCACUUCGGGCCGGUUCAUUCAGUGAGCUUCAGCCCGGAUGGUGAGCUGUACGCUAGCGGUUCGGAGGACGGAACACUGCGACUAUGGCAAACAACCGUGGGAAAGACGUACGGACUGUGGAAGUGCACGGAACCGACCGAUCUCAACAAUUCCAUCGGCAACACGGUUGGCGGUGGUGGUGGUGGUGGUGGUGCCGUAACCCCAACGCCAAACAAUCCAGCUACAGCAGCAGCAGUGAGCUGCCCGCCGGUUUCGUCGGCAACGGCACCGGUAACACCGACACCAAACGCUAACCGGGAAGUAACGGCCAACUGAAGCGAUGACUAAAAAGGCAAGGAUACACACCCAACAUCUUUGCAUCACCAGAAAGCAUAAAACAAAACAGGAAACCUGCUUUAGAAGAAGGAGAAAACAAACAAAAAAAAAGGAAGCAGCUGGUUACUAGCAAGCAGAGAGGCAAAAACACAAGAAGCACAGGAAGGAGACUGGUACCGGUGCAGGCGCGGCUAGACCCGGAGAACCGUGUUAAUUGCAAACGCAGUGCACGGUGCCAUCGUCGCGCUGUGUCUUCGUUUUCGCUUUUGGCAGCAAAACCAAACAACCACAAUUUCCUUUUUUUUACCGCACGAACACAAACUCGAUUAAUGAUGGUGAUCGUGCUGCUGAACAACCGGUUCAGAAAAUGCGGGCAAAACAUUAGCUACUACGACGACUACUACUACUACUACUAUUACUACUUUUACCACUACACACUUCUACCAUAUGUAUUUCCCCUGGCAACGGAAGGAUUUCUCGCAUGGAUGAGGAGCAAGGAACGAUCGAGUAAACGGUUCCCUUUCACACCGGUCCGUAAGUUGGUGUGGGGUGUAUGUGUGUGGAUAAUUGACAACGAGACUUAGAACGCAUGGUUUAAAUUCCAAACACAUUGCUGAACCGUCUGCGCAUCACAAACACUCGACCAUCCAACCGUACAAGGAAGUGAGAAAGGAUUCUCGUUUUCCCCCCGCCCUACAGUGUUUGUACAACCAACAGCAACGCUUAACGACGGUUGUCAACGAGCGAACAUGCGCAAUGCAAUGAUUGAUUUUGAAUAAUUUUUGUACUUCUGCCUGUUUCUGUUUGAUUGCGCCAAAUAAUCAACCUUCCUGCUGUGUUCGGUGGUCCCCCCCUUUUUCUGCCACAAUCACAAAGUACUUUGCUGGUGUUGUGAAACACCGAAGGUAGGUGGCGUUUGUGGACGAAGGGGCUACUAUUUAUGCAAUAAUAUGUAUCGGUUCUAGUAAUUUAUGAUGUGUACCACCCCCCGAACAACGUGAGAGAGAUUUUGUUUCUUUUUUUGUUUUUUUAAUUAUUUCAAAAUAAAGAACUUAUUGAACCUGACUCGCGCGUGAUCAGGUGCAGCAAACAAAAAUAAAA